AUGUCGGCGGCUAUUGGCGGAGAAACUGGGAUGUUAGAUGUGGGAAGACACUGUGCUUAUUGCAGGCAGCUGGACUUCCUGCCCUUCCACUGUUCAUUUUGCAACGACGAUUUCUGCUCCAAGCAUAGACUGAAGGAAGACCAUCACUGUAAAUGGUUGCUGGAACAAGAAGCGUCUUCUAAGAACAAUGAAAGAGCAACUAUGAGCCAGAGUGGUAUAGGCUCAAAAAACGAGGCGUAUUUCAAGAGCCUGUUACCAGAAAGAGCACAUGUUAGAGUGCAGAUGGCGGACAAUAAUCGGGAACCAAAGAGAGACAUCAACAUUGCUAAAGUUAGUUCCAGUUUAAAUUCAAAGACGUUGGAUAAGAUUUUUAGGUUUUUUCAGAGGAAUGAGAAAAGGAAGAAUAGCAGUAAAUCCAAAAAGACGUUCGGCUCCUCUUCGAAUAAAAUCAUUCAACUAGCGAACCUCAAGAAAAUGGCUAAAGGUGAUACGAAGAUUCCGUCACAAAAUAGAAUAUAUAUUUGGUGCUACUCGGUAGAUGGUACUGAAAAGGAUACUGGCAAAGAAGACUUGAAAGAGCCCAUAUAUAUAAACAAAUUAUGGCCUGUCGGUAGAGCCAUGGACUACCUGUCUAUCCACUUGAAUGUGAAAUCUAGUACUUUGACUAAUUCAACUUCCAAUGAGAAGUUUCAACUGUAUAAAUUGAAAGACAGUGGCCCUUCAGGUAAACCGAUUUCCUUUGAGAAGCUUGAACCUUCUUUGAGAGUUACUAAUGAGAUCAAAGACCUUGACACUUUGUACUUGGUUCAUGGUGAUGCAGACGAAAAAUUUAACUAG